AUCAGCUCCUUUGUGAUGGGAGGGCCUCUUAAACUUCUGAUGUUGUGUGAGAUACCUGGAUUUGUAGUUAUAAUGCAACAAGGGUCUAGGCUGUGUGGAUCUAUUCAUGGGGCAACUGAAGGGCUACAAGAUCCUGACCGUGGGGUUAAUCGUUCUGAUUUUGGUGUUCUAUCUCAUGAUGUCUUGGCCUGAGACCAUGAACCAUUGGAUCCCACCACCCCAUCGUGCCUCUAAACAUGCCUCUGAGCCCAACAACUGGAACUCUCUCCCUCAAGAACUCACCAACCUCACCAGCCUUCUGUACUGGCCUCCAACUGGUAGCGACAAGGAUGACUUUUUGGCUUCUACCAGUCCCCAAACCUCUACCUACCGCUUGAAGGGUCCUGCUCAGGCCAACUAUACUCUGGGAAGUAAUCUAGAGGUCAUUCUUGUGGCUAGGGACCACCAGGGUAGGCCCAAGACUCAUGGUGGAGAUCUGUUCCGGGCACAGCUGUUGGGGCAGGAGUUGAAGGCAGGAGUCCCAGGGGAGGUGAAGGAUCUGGAGAAUGGCACAUACCUCUUGUCCUUCCCCCUGCUCUGGGCUGGACCGGCCCAGAUACAAGUGAGGCUGAUCCACUCCAGUGAGGCAGUUGGGGUCCUACAGAGAGUCUGGAAAGGAAAACGGGCCACCGUUGACUUUAGGGGGUAUUUUCGAGGCAGGAAUGGCACUCAGGAGGCUGUGAUCUGCAACGUGGACCCCCAGUCAACCGGAGCCCAAGGGCCCACCUGCCAGUACAGGGAUGUGGUCUCUGGGGAGCUCUGGUUCUGUGCUCAACCCUCUACUCUGCCCUGCGACGCUUUAGUCGGUCACUCCAGUGGGAGUUACCUGAAGGUGACCACACGGCAUGAUGAAGAACUGAUGGCUGGGAGUGUGACUGACCAGCCACUCCCUUCAGGCAUAUCUCCCAUCCUGGUGACACCAGCAGCCAUUGGGAACAUGAGGAAUAUGGGCCAGAAGCUGACAGAAAUCCUUUAUUCGGUGAUGAGAUUUGAACCCAGAGCAUCAAACAUACUAGCCCUGCCCUCUCGGCCCCCAUGCCGCCCUGGCCACCUGUCUCCAAAACCCUCUGGCUUCUACUACCAAGACAGAUGGCACUCAACGUUCUGUUCUAGCCGCUCCUUCCCCACUGUGUUCAGCAUCCUGAACUGCCUGGCUGGCCGCAUCGUCUACAUGAUGGGGGAUUCCACCCUUCGGCAGUGGUGGGAGUAUCUGCGAGACACAGUGCCCUCUCUGAAGCCAGUUGAUCUACAUGUCCAAUAUCAGGCAGGUCCCCUGAUGGCUGUGGACACAACUCGGGGGACAGUUUUGCACUGGAGGGCCCACAGCUGGCCCCUGCGCUCUCUUCGCACUCCAGUGGCCUCCUUGCACUCUGUGGCCAGAGUUCUGCAUGGCCUGGCCGGGGGUCCCUACACAGUGGUGGUGCUCGGUAUGGGAGCCCACUUCACCACCUUCCCUCCAUCCAUCUUUGCUCGAAGACUGGCAGGGAUUCGGGAAGCUGUGAAAGCCCUGCUGGACAGGGAACCCAGUACUCUGGUGGUUAUCAAACUGGCCAAUACUGGCUACAAAUCCGUGUAUGGCAGUGACUGGCUCACAAUUCAGGUGAACAGGUUCCUCCGAGCUGCCUUUGAUGGUCUCCAAGUGGCCUUUGUGGAUGCAUGGGAAAUGACCUCCAGCUUGGCUAUACCGGACGACAUCCACCCAACAAGGCUUAUUGUUCGCAACGAAGUGGAAUUAUUCCUGUCCUUCAUCUGUCCCACCUGAGUGCUCCUGAGGGACCUGAGAAUGAAUGGAGGCAGAGCCUGAGUGGGGGCCAUCAAAAAGAUGGACAGCAAAUGAUGGGUAGCUGAGGCUAUCCCUGGCUCACCCGCUAUAACACUCGGGUCUCCAUAUUUGAUACAUCUUUCUAUGGACCACACGGAUAAGUCUAAUUUUAUAUAAAUGAGAUGAUAUUUUACA